AUGUAUGCUUCACCAUUCUCCAAUAGUCAGGGCAAACAAUCAGCACCAUCUCAGUUCAAAGAGAAUGCUAGAAAUGAAAUUUACAAUAAAUUACCCUCAAUAAAUGGGUCUUCACGACUGCCGAUAUCAACCCUUAAAUCAUCUUCGUCCAUCAGAUCAGCUCCACUGCAAUUUUUCAAGAAGUCAUCAUACCAACCACUGCAUCGAUCAGCCAAUACUACGUCGUCAUCAUCAUCAGCGUCAAUCUUUUCAUCAUUCGGUAAACGUUCAGUGCGCUCAGCACCUUCUAUUUAUUCCAGCUCAACGGGAACUAUUCCAGAAGACCUGGAACCAUUAACAGUUACUGUUGAACAAUUGGUGAAUGAUAUAGUGCUUCAUGAGGGCCAUUUUGCCAAAGUAUACGAAUCAAAACAAAUGAAUGUAUCUGACCCCGAGGAGCUUUACAAGAUUUCCCUUGGUUCGAGUCUUGCCUAUCAAAACAAUAACGAGAAUUUAAUUGAUUGGAAUUUAAAUGUCACCAGGUGUAAGUUGAUGUUGACCCAACUACCUUCGAUAUCAACAGCCCUGGAUCAAAUCUCGUAUAACCAAAACUUUCCUCCUCAAUUAAUUGGCGAUUUAGCCCAGCUUUGUCAUUUGAUCAUUAUACAACCACAUAUAUCCGAUACUGAAUUAAUAUUCACUCUCAUACAGUCCAAUUUAUAUGAAGAACACAAUUUAGAUUUGGCGUUUAAGAAGCUGGUUGCUGAAAUAUCAGUCAAGCAAUCACGUUUAUUGCAAAUCAAUGAAGUACGACAGAACCAACAAUAUCCCAACAUGCAAUUUAACGAACACGACUUUCUCAAGUUCAAAUUUAAAGAGAUUGCCUUAAGAAAUUACUUGAUAAAUUUGGCUGCUGCGGCAACAACUGCCCAUGAGUACAAAUUUAAAGUUGAUGAAUUGAAAAGAGGGUUGAGGUUGGAAGGAAAGAAGAAACUAAGUAAAGAAGAAAAGAAACAGUUGUGGGAACAAGUACGACUGGAUGUUUUUAAACGAGCAGGUCUUGAAUGA